CAUAGUUGAUACUAGCUGAUAAUUUGUUUUCCUUGGCAGUGACCAGAAGAAACCAAUUUUGUGGGGAAAAUUUUGAAAAUGUUGCUUAGGGAAAUUGCACGCUUCUCGCUGCAACAUCGAACACUUUACUGUUAUCUUAUCUUGAGCAUAUGGAUUUUCCUACUUAUUGCUGGUAUGUACAAAUAUAUCGGAUCGAUCGAAAACAGUAAUAGCAUUUUGAGUUCGAAGAAUUUCCUGUAUAAGAAGCAGCAACUGUUACUGGAAGAGCGUGAACGGAUUCGAUCGAAGAAAAUCAACGACGACGAUUGCAAUCAUCCACAAACAAUUGGAAUUGGUGAAGAGGGUGGCAGCUUUGAAGGGUGGUCCUUGCAGGGCGUGUUGCUUCUCAUACGUCAUGGCGAUCGUGGCCCAAUGACACAUGUGCGUGGCAUUGACUCGGUUGAUUGCAGUUACGAAGGUGAUACGGUUGUGUCGAAGUAUAGUCACUUUCUCACAAAUAGCAGUUCCAGUACCACUGCAGGCCACUGGAUGAAAACUGGUUCAUUCCAUGGAUUUCCUUUGCUUCCGUCCAGCCCUAAAGCAUGUCUUCUAGGACAACUGACUCAAAAAGGAGUUGCACAAUUACUGAGAGUUGGAGACGUGAUUCGACAAGCUUAUGCGCAUACUUUAUCGUUGUACGCAAAGCCUGCUGUUACCAGAACAACUCCUUUUAAUUCUUCCGAUUCAACAACUAAUCCCGUUGUCUAUAAUACCGAAGAUAUUGUUGUGUAUUCAACACGAUAUCGACGCACGUUUCAGUCUGCCAUGGCAUUGAUGUUUAGUAUCGUUCAUCCUGAAAAAUGGCAGUACCUCCAAAUCCAAGAAAGCCAUAGUUUAUCCUUUUGUUUUACUGACUGUGCUUGUCCUCAGGCGGACAAUAUCAAAAAGCAACUAGAUAAAGAGAGCAAACAAACACUAGCAAUGCAGCCAACCAUCGGGGCAAUUGUGCAAUGGAUGGGCGCAACUCUGUUGCAAAACCAACCCACAGUAGGUCAAACUAGUCCACUUGAAAUACGGGACGCAAUGCUGGCGCACAUUUGCCACAAUGCAGCACUUCCUUGUCGGAAAAUUUCUCUCGCUGCGGCUCAUGAGACUCGUCGCACAAGUAGUUCCAGCACGCAAGACCCCCAGGAUGUGAUUAAUAUUGAUCAGGAAGACAACGGAAUCGUGUUCAGUCAAAGUCAACCCAAUACUGAAGAGCCUGAUGACGUAGAUCCGACUGGAGAGCAGGAACCCGAGAUCGAAGGCUGCGUUGAAAAGAGCCACGUGACAGCACUAAUGGCUUAUACUCAUUGGGCGGGGCUUAAGGAGUGGAAGAGCGUCCGUAUGCGUCAGCAAGGCCUGCUUCGUGCGUAUGGGUUCCUAAGGAAUAUCGUCGGGUACAUGCUGAAAAUGAUAUCCGGCGAUAAAGUGAAAUUCGUCCUCUAUUCUGGCCAUGACAAAACAAUGGAAUAUCUGAUGACGGCUCUCGGUUUGGCCACCGAUACGCCCUUCAUUCCCUAUGCAUCUCGGAUGGCAUUCGAAGUGUACAAAAGCGACAAGGAUACCCAAUACUAUUUUCGAUUGUUGUUCAAUGGGCGUGAUGAAACGAACGUGAUUGCGGUGUGCGAAGGCGGUAAAAGUUUGAGCGUACCACGUGGCAUACGCGGUGAUCGAGCGAACUUGUGUCCUAUUGAGAAUAUUAUUCGAUUUCUUCACGACGACUAUUUUCUUCCACUGAAUGCAACGAAUUUUAAAGAUGCUUGUUUAGCUCAAAAGGACAACUACUUUUAAGUUAUUAAUUCGUUUUAGGUUUGAUCUGUGAUAAAUAUAACUUGAUUAGUAUUAUCGUAAGUCAACAAUCAAUGUAGUUGAUUCAAUAUUUCGCGUUUAAAUAAAGGAGCAUGUCCAGAAGCGGUGUAUGAAAUCGAAACAUAUCAUUUUGAAUCGUAGUAUUUGUAUAAGGAUUGAAUCUCUAUAUUUACAUAAAAAAGCUUUAAACAGUAUGUGUAGUAAUAAAAUGUUAUGUUAAGUAAAUUAUUAUCGUAAUAGAAAAUAAAAGUUCAUUUAU